AUCCACGCACGCGCUCUCUCUCUCUCUCUCUCUCUCUCUCUCUCUCUCCAAACCAACCCCUCAAAGAGACUUCACACGCCCAGAUAGACUAUCCGCUUUUCCUUAUUGUCUUUCUUUUUUUUUUUAAAAAAAAAAAAAUUAAUUCCCACAGAAAGAGAAAAAAUACAAACAAACCAAACCAAACCAAACAGAGUCUUCUGGAGAGAGAAAAAAACUAAAUCCAAAAUUUCCCCCAAACUUUUUUUUUUUAAAAAGAAAAUUUCCUUAUUAGAGAGAUGAAAAAUCCCCAUUUUUGAAUGGAAACCCUAGCCCUAACCCGAUUUCACCCUUUCGGAUCCUCCAUAUUAGGUCACUUUCGGAUCCUCCGUUCUUUCUUAUUCUUUGCCGGAGGCUGACUCACCGCCGACCAAGUUUAUAUAAACAUAUAUAUAUAUAUAUAUAUAUAGAGUGAGGGAGAGUGCUUGUGUUUUUUGCGCGUGUUAUGGGGAGUACGGAAUCAGGUACGGCAGAUUUCAGCGUGGGAUCGAUCGUGUGGGUGCGGAGGAGGAACGGUUCCUGGUGGCCGGGGAAGAUUGUGGGCCCGGAAGAGCUCUCGGCUUCUCAUCUCACAUCGCCUCGCUCUGGGACUCCCGUCAAGCUCCUCGGCAGGGAAGAUGCCAGUGUGGAUUGGUACAAUUUAGAGAAAUCCAAGCGAGUGAAGGCAUUUCGAUGUGGUGAGUUUGAUGAUUGUAUUGAAAGGGCUGAAUCAUCACAGGGCAUGCCAAUAAAGAAGAGAGAGAAAUAUGCACGUCGAGAAGAUGCUAUUCUUCAUGCACUUGAACUUGAGAAGCAACUGAUGAAGAAACAAGGAAAGUUAGGUAUAGCUUCUGAUCGUGUGAACAGUAAAUCAUAUGGUGCUGUGAAAAGAGGGUUAGUUACAGCUUCAGAAAGUUUGGGAAAUGAUAAUGUAAAACUUGGAAAUUCCAAACAAACCCAGUUUGCUAAAAGAGUAGAUGUGUCCCAUAAGAAUGAGAGUUUAGACAGUCCUUUGCUUUCCCAAAAAUCCAAAGAGGGAAAUCAACUGAGCGGGGAAGAGGAUCAUUCUGAAGCCAUACCUCGGAUGAGAGGCUUGCAGGACUUUGGGCUUAGGAUUGCCCCUUCAAAGCGAAGGCUUUCAUCUUCUGUUGCUUCAAAUGGUUCUCGGAAACCAACAGUUGAGACUAGUGCUCAGGCUCUUUAUGAUGGUCUUGAAAUGGGAAGUGCAAGUCCUGUGAAUGGUAAACAUUCUUUAGACAAAAGGAAAAGGUCACAUGAGGAAUUGAGUGAGGAACUUUUGGUCAAGAGACGUGACAAGCGCCGCCCUCUUGUCCAAGUUUUGCAGAGUAGUGCAAAAUUAGAAGUCCCUCAUUCCUUGCAACCUGACAAUGCUACUGUUUCUACUUCUAUUUCAGGAGCGGAGCAAAUGGGAGUAAUUUGCAGAGCAAAGAGGAGCAGAUGUGUAUACUUGCCAGCUGAGUCUAGUGAAUCCUUGGAUUAUAAAGCAAUUACUCAAAAUGACAUUGAUCUGACAUCUUCCCAGAUGGGAGUGAAUCUACAUCCAGAUUCAUUGAUUGAGGAUGCCAUUUCUGGUUCAACAGAAGAUGAAUCGGAUACUUCUGAAACUGAUUCUUCUGAUGAGUCUGAUUCCUCCGACACGGAACGAGAUAUGGCUGAUGAAAUGGCUGUACUUUCAGAUGCUGCUGUACCUACAGAUCCAGAAAUGAGUUCUUUUGGGAGGUACGAAGCACAAGAACUUGGAAGCAUGGGCAGUGAUGAGCCUGAUGAGUCAGUACUUUCUGGUGACAUUUCUCAUCCCUAUAAUCAAGAUCUUGUAUCUGCUAAUGAGGCGGUGUCCAAAUGGCAAUUGAAAGGGAAAAGGAAUACUCGGAAUCUUACAAAAAGGCCUGUAGAUGGAUAUUUGGAAGAAAAAGCUAGUCCUUUUAUCUUUAAGGAUUUUAGGACAGAAAUUGUUGGACUGGAGAAUGGGUACUCUACAUCCAGAUCUGGAUUCAGUGGUCGAAGCAGCAUUGGCUGUAAUAUGAUGGAUUGGGACGACUGGAGAUGGGAUGAUCAGCUUGCUUUGAAAGGAUAUUGGGACAUGAACAGAGAUCGCUUUGAUCCACUUUAUGAUGGCCGUCGUGGUGGGAGGUCAAGAUCAAUGUUGAUAGAUGUGGAUUUGAAAGUCCAAGCAAGUUAUCAAAAAGAGCCUGUUCCUAUUGUUUCUCUGAUGAGUAAGUUAAAUGGAAAGGCAAUCAUAGGGCAUCCGAUCCAAAUUGAAGCCUUGGAAGAUGGUUCAUCUGGUGAUCUCCUUCCAACAAUUGACGAUUUUGGCAAUGAUGGGAUUGACAAUGAUGGAAACACAGCUCUUCCCCAAGCAUGGAGGACGGCAAGGAGGACAGCGAAUGUUCGGGUCCCUCGCCCUCAUUUAUCAUCGUCGGCACUGGACGGUGACGAGGCUGCUUAUGGCCUUCCCUUUUUAGAUCGAGAAAGUAAACCACCAUUCAAGAGAUCAAAUCUUGGGAGUUCAAGUCACAAGGCAGGCUUGGGAAAGAGAACCAGCCCUGCCCUUAACAAUUCUGGGGCAUCAUCUGAGAAUAGUAGGAAGUUUCAGAAAAAGACAUCGUCAAAGAAAGUAAGCUGGUCAUCUAGCCAGAUGGCCCAGAAAACCAGGACUUUGUCUUCAAUUGCUGUUGACAAGAAUUUUAGUAGUAAGUCAACAACACAUGAUGAUAGUGGUAGUAGUCAAACGAAAAUGAAAAUGAAUGGCCUGAUCAAACCUGAGUCUUCUGGGCCACCAACAGUAGCAUGCAUACCUGUGAAAUUAGUAUUCAGUAGGUUACUUGAGAAGAUAAAUAGGCCGCCAAUUAAAGCAGCUAGUAGUACUGCAGCUUUGUUGAAUAGUGAUGUGGAGAGAAAUCCAUGAUAGAUUUUACAUGUAAAUUCUUAUAUGGGGAACAAUAAAUUUUAUACUGCUAGAGCAUUAUCAUUUUAUUGCUAAUAUUUUUCUUCUUUCCGGACAAAGCUAUAGCUAUAUUCCUCUCUCCAAUCCUUUUAGGUCUUUUUGAAUAAUAAAGAUGAAGCAGGUAAACCGAGGAAGAAGAAGAAGCCACAGGAAGCCGUGUACAGUGAACAUAGACGUUGUUGGUCAAAAUUCAGGAAGAUUUUAAGGAAGAAAAGCUCAUGGUGGAGGUCAGGAUGAGGUAGAUGUGUUAUUAUGGUACUCCCAACUCCUUAAAUGGAUGAAGUAGUUGUCUGUAAUAUUUAUAACUUGUAACAUGUUUCUUUUAAAACUAUUAUUAUUAUUGUUAUUAUCUGAAAAAAUAGAUAAUUUAAAUUUGA